UGGAAAAAGCAAAAGAAGAUGUCUUUCUCAAACACAGAUCCCUAUGGAAUGCAGGAAUGAUGACCGGCAUUGCUUGCUGGAACUCAUUCUUUUUGUUUAGUUUAAAGGCUCUCCCUUUGAUCUCUUUCCAAGUCUUUCCAGAGAGAAAGAGAGAGAGAAUGUAUGUAUGUAUGUAUUGUUUCAGUGAGUUUUUAGAUAUAUAAACCAGUUCAACAAGAAAGGAUUGUGGGUUAUGAUUGUUUUUCUCUCUUUUUAAUUGUGUCCCAAUGAUUGAGUUGCUGUGAUUUUUUUUUCUUCUUCUGAGAUAGAGAAAUGAACUCUCUGAGUAAUGAUGGGAAUAGUAACUGGUUGGGGUUUUCACUGUCUCCACAAAUGAAUAACAUGGAGGGCAGCCAUGGACAUGACCUUCAACAACACAACACACAGCCUUGCUCUUCUGUUUCUUCUGCUUCAGUGCCUCUAAGUUUUUCCCAGGCUGCUCCAUCUCACAUCAACUAUAGUAACACCACUGGGAGUUGUUACUAUGGAGGUGAGAGUGAAAAUGCAGCAUUCUUGUCUUCAUUGUCUGUGAUGCCUUUGAAAUCUGAUGGGUCACUUUGUAUAAUGGAGGCCUUCAACAACAGGUCACACCCCCAAGGUUUGGCCCCAAAACUGGAGGACUUCUUUGGGGAUGCAGCAAUGGGGACCCAUCACUAUGACAGAACUGGAGGGGGUAUGGCUCUUAGCUUGGAUAGCAUGUAUUACCAUAACCAAAACCCAGAAAAUGAGGCCACCCAUAGUCAAGAUUUCCUCACCCAUCUUCAACAAAAGUCCACCCAUCAUCAUCAUCAGCAGCAGAUUGAAGCUCAGCAGUUCCAAGAUUUUACACUGAGAGGGCCUGAGAUUUACCAGCAGGGGAAGGCUCAAUGUUGCAGCCUUCAUCAGGUGCCAAGCAUGGAGGAUAAUAGCCAGAUGAAGAAUUGGGAUUCUAGAAGCUUCACUGCAGGGGGUGGGCAUGCAUUGGAGCAGCAGAAGAUGAUGGGGUGCAUUGGUGCAGAUUCUGGGGCUAUUACUGCAAUGGGGUAUGGGGAUUUUCACUCUCUUAGCUUGUCCAUGAGCCCUGGUUCACAGUCUAGCUGUGUGAAUCCCUCACAGCAGCACCAGCACCAAAUCCCACCCACUGUUGCAGACUGUAUGCCCAUGGAGACCAAGAAGAGAGGGCUUGAAAAGGUGGACCAGAAGCAGAUUGUUCAUAGGAAGUCCCUUGACACUUUUGGCCAAAGAACCUCACAGUACAGAGGUGUCACCAGGCACAGGUGGACUGGCAGAUAUGAAGCUCAUUUAUGGGACAACAGUUGUAAGAAAGAAGGACAGAGCAGGAAGGGAAGACAAGUUUACCUAGGGGGUUAUGACAAUGAAGAAAAGGCAGCAAGGGCAUAUGAUUUAGCUGCACUCAAAUACUGGGGACCCUCCACACAUAUAAACUUUUCGUCUGAAAACUAUCAGCAAGAGCUUGAAGAAAUGAAGAACAUGACUAGGCAAGAAUAUGUAGCUCACUUAAGAAGAAAGAGCAGUGGUUUCUCCAGGGGAGCUUCAAUCUACAGAGGAGUGACAAGCAGGCAUCAUCAACAUGGAAGAUGGCAAGCUAGGAUUGGAAGAGUGGCUGGAAACAAGGAUCUUUAUCUAGGAACAUUCAGCACCCAAGAAGAAGCAGCAGAGGCUUAUGACAUUGCAGCGAUUAAGUUUAGAGGCGUAAAUGCAGUCACGAAUUUCGACAUUUCCAGGUACGAUGUUGACCGGAUAAUGGCCAGCACCAAUCUCCUCGCCGGCGAACAGGCCCGCCGGAACAAGGACGCCGGACCGCCGCCGAACAAUGUUGAGGAGGUCGUGAACAAAAACGGCGGCGAUCACGAGGAUAAUGCGAACGCCGCCGCGCCGGACUGGAGAAUAGCGCUUUAUCAGUCGACGGCGGCGGAGGCGGCGGCGGUGGUGGCGGCGCCGCCGCAGAGCUCGUCGGCGUGUUUUGGGAUGGGGGAAUCGGCGGCGAGAAUGAUGAGCGCUCACUUGUCGAACGCUUCUUCGCUGGUAACCAGCGUGGAGAGCUCCCGGGAAUGCAGCCCCGACAAGAUGAACACCGUCGGAACGGGAUCGGCGGCGACGAGUUCUUGGAUCUCGUCGGCGCAGCUGAGGCCUCACGUGCCGGUUUUUGCUGCGUGGACUGACAACAUUAUCUGAACAUGUUUUUUCAUGACUACGAGGAGAAGAAGAAGAAGAAAUUAUGAUACAAUGGCCUACCUUAAUUAGCUAUUUUCCAUUAUUUAGGUUUUUUGAUCAUUUAGUGCUUGAAAAUUGUAAGUGUUCAAUGGGGAUAUGGUAGCCUUUCAAUUUGGCAUUGCAUGCUGGCCUUGCCUAAAACUUUCCAAUUUAUUCUACUAUAUGGAUGGGAAUGGGAUAUAUGAGAAAUGAAAGCUCCAAAGUAGGAUGUUUUCCAACUUGUA